UUUUUAUCGGGAGAUCUGUGAGACAAAAAUAUAUACAUAGCUUAUUGAACGCAGCUCUACAUCCAGAAGAACGCAAAGCGCAUGUCAAACAAAUUAGAUCUCUCCGUUCGGUGUGAUUCGAUGGCUUUCACGAUAGUUACUGUGAAUUUUUAUGUGCUUUUAAUUCAGAUUAAUGAAAAAUAAAACGCGGAAGAUGAACUUUUCCGAGUUGCGCGAAGCCGGCCAAAGAAUCCAUCAGCUGACGGCACGCAAGAAAUUACGCGUAACGCAUGGGACCGAAUCAACUUUUAACAGUGAUCGCAAUUUUUCAAGAAUACGACGUUAUUGGACUAAUUAUAAAUUACUAAAUGAAGAUGAAAAUGUAAAGGAGCAACAAUCACCUUUUGUUUUUCCUUCUUGUUCCCAAACCUUGUCCUAUCUUCAAUGGUGGAAAAUGCAAAAAAAGAAAGCGAUAUCCAAACGCGACAGAAAAGUCUAUAAGGAUCGACAUAAAAUUUUGCAACCUCGUAAUAUUUUACAUGUUGAAAUAGAAGCAGAAAAAUACAAAAAGUUGGAUAAAGUGAUUGCCAUGACGGAUGUAAAUCCACAGUAUUUUACAGAAUUAGCCGGUAGACCUGUGAAAGAAAAGUUUUUAUUAAAAGAGUAUAUCCAAGAUAUAAGAGAGAUAUUAAAAACAAAACUUCUCAUUGGUCAAGAAAAAGAUGAUUGUAUUCGUAUCGAUCAACAAUUUGAGCAAGAAACACAACGAUUACGACAAAUCCAGCAUCGUUGUCAGCGAUAUGUAAGCGACUUCGACGAAUUCUUAUCGAAAGAUCAUGAAAAAAGUAUGCAAAUGCUGAAGAAAGCGGAAUGGGAAGUGAAAUUGACGGAAAAGACUGGCACUCGGAAGAAUGAGUUUGCGAGACAAUUGGGUCAUAUUAGGUUGGAAAUUUAUGUCUUGGAAGAACAGUGGAGAUUAGUAAAAAUGUGCCAGAUGUUCCUUUAUUGCGUGUCACCUGUCGCUUGGAGGACCAAGUAUGAAGCAGAACGGGGCAUUAUCUCAGUCGAUACUCCAUCGAUAGACCUGUUUAACAGAUACAAAACACUAGAUGAAACCGUACCCUUGGAGAAAUUGAUAGAAUUAUUUGAACAGGACAUCACUGAUGCCGGCCCGACCGUAUUGUACUUCGAGGAUCCAUUCGAUUUAAUUCGCAUCUUCCGGGCAAUGGAGACACAGAAUUUAAAUGCACUCGUAUAUCUCGAAUCUCUCGCUGCCCCGAUAGCAGAUUUGAUCAUGACAAUCGCUGCGACUGAAGCGCAAAUCAAACAAGAGAUCAACGAAAUUACUUCAAUGAUCAAUGACUUAGAAAAUUUCAUCAUUGAGGCAGAAAAUAGAGCAGUAAAUCUCGAGGAAUACGCUAAUUAUCUUCUCCGAGAUGUUUUUCGAUAUCUUGUCUGUUCUGAAGAAGUACUCUAUCUUCGCGUUUUCGUAGAAGAUGCCUAUGAGAGUUGCAUAGGUCCGAAUGACGCGAAUCUUGAUAGUUUUUCGAUGAUGACAUGGAUUGAAAAAUUGCACGAGGAGCUUAAUCUCCAGCUGGAUAAUCUGCCGCGCGAAAUUGUUCGUGCUUGUGAACGGGAAGGAUUCCGUCAAGAGAUGAAGAUUAUAAAGGAUGCGGAGGACGCCGCAAAAAAGUUCGAACUAAUGCAUCGACUAUUGGAAGCUCUGAAGCGGGUUAUGGAAUUACCUGUAAGCAAAAAACGGCCAUUAAUUCGGCGUUCAGUACCGAUUAUAAUCAAGAUGAAGCCGCCAUUACGUUUAUCGAAACCGACGGAUGAGGAACUCCAAUAUCUCACCUUCUUCACCGAUUACUGCAGAGUACACGAUGACUUCGUCACAUAUCGUUCCAAGUUUCCAGAUGAUUUCGAUUUGACAUUCAAGAGCAAACAAGAUGAUAUCAAAAACAAAACGAUACUUAAUGAUACAUCUUCGAAUCAAAAGGAAAAGGAGAAAGAGGAGGAAGAGGAAUAAGCAGAAGAAAAGAGAAAAUGAAUAUACUAUUGAAAACGUAACAGAAUCAGCACAUUUAUUUGAAAAUUUCUCGUGCGUAUAUAUCCGAAAGGAUUCUAUCAGUCUAAUGCGCUACGCAUUGUCGAUUACUUAGCGCUAUUAAUAAUUAAUAUGUAUACAUAAAUAGGCGAUUUAACGAUCAAUGUUGAAGCACAAGAUAAAAUAUUCAGAGAUAAUAAAACACAACAAGAGGCAACUACAGCGUACAAUAGAAUUCGGGACGAUAGUCGAUAUAAAAACAACAAUCAUGCUUGAUAUCUUGAUUACAAAGCGCCAAUUUAUACAUUCCUUCUUAUAAACUUUAUAAGAAGACUGCGAUAUACACUUUACCUUCAAGUAUCUCUUUUUCUUUUUACACACGAGCAACUUUUUUAAAUAAAAUCUCUAUUACUAGAGGUCACACACAGAAUGGACCGAAAGUCUGGACAGUCGAAUAUCUUAUAAAAAAAAAGUAUUUUUGAGAAAAAUGUUUCAUAAGCUUGUAAAAUUUGAACAUCAAAGAGACUUAUUUGAUCUCGAGUGUAUGGAUAAGUUCUCAAAGUCAACUUUAAUUUUGAAAGUAAACGUCCGCUUUUUCAAUUAGCUGAUGUCGAGAUCUUUUUACUGCCUUUAAUUAAUAGGUCAAAUCUAAGUAGAAUCGUAAGGCUCGCAAUUUAUUCCUGUAAAAAUUUAUGACUAGUAAUUUUAGGCACUGUAAAACGUACCAUUAUUCAUGAUCUACGAUUUCUCGUAAAUUUUAUGCAAGAAGUUAUGUAAAGUCUGUCUGUAAAGAUACUGGAUAAAGUUACAAGCCAUGUUUGUAAGUACUUACAAGUGACGAGAACAUGAAUCUUACGAUUUAAUUUAGAAUUGACCCGUCAGUCUUUUUUGAGAUAUGAGUUGACAAAGUUCAGGUACCGCCAAUAUUAUUAUAACAUUAUUCGAGAUGUUCGAUCAUAACUCAAACCUCUUAAAUGUUGUUCGAAGAUUUUGAUAACGUUUGUCAAAAUCAAGACCAUUGAAAGUUAUUUCUCAAAUUUUCAUUUUUAACAUAAAAAUGAAAAUAAGAGAAACAAUCUGCAAUAAUCUUGACUUCCAGACUUUUGGCUCAUAUUGUUACACACACACACACACACACGCGCGCGCGCGCAUGUAUGUAUAUAUUUAUACAUAUGUGCGUUAUGUGUGUGCGCAUGUGUAUGUAUGUGUAGUGUCCCAGAAAAAGUAUAGGUCCUUUCACUGGCAGAUUUUGUAGAACAACAUUCUAAAUGAAAAAUCUUAUACAAAAAUAUUGAGACUAUACUUUUUAAAUUAUAAACGAUUAAAGUUGGCUAAUUGUUUUUUUCAACAUAAUUUUUACAAUUAACCCCUUUUUUUUAUCUUUUGAUACUGCGUCGCAAUUGUCAAACAAAUAUGUAUCAACAAUUUAUUAUAUAUGAAUACAUUAAAAUUGAAUUAAUAUUUGACAUUUUUUUUUAUUAUUUCCUAUUUGAAUUUUACAUGUAGGAUAAAAGCAGAGAAUGUGGAAUAGAUUGCUAAUAUGGAAUGGUGGCUUAUUUUCUAAAGCAUUGCAAUUUAGCGGUAAUCGCUGUAAGUUGUGGCAAUUGCUACCAAACAUAUCAUAACAAGUAAUGAGCAAAAAAUGUUGCGAGCCCGACAAAAUAAUGUUUCAUCACAAUAAACAUUUAUUUAUUUUCAUUGCAUUAGGAAUCUAAAACGUCGGCAUCUUUAAAAACGAUGUUUUCACAAACUGAAGGGAAGUUUGUUGAUGUUUAUAUUUAGGGAUGCACCGGAUAUCCGAAAAAUAUCCAGUAUCUGAUAUUAUCCGGCACUUUUUUACUAUCCGACCGAAUAAUCGGAUAUCAUUAGUAUUCGGCAAUAUAUCCGGUAGAAAUUUUAUAUCAUUAAAUUGUUGAUUUUUUUAUUAUACAAAUGUAUAGAAAUAAGUAUAGAUAUUCAUAAUGCUAUAACAUCUUAUACAUUGUUACAAUUUUUUUCUCUACAAUAUCUGUUUUUUUUUAGGAGACAUUUUCUCGGAAUUCGAUCGGAUAUCCGGAAAAUAUCGGAUGUUCGACUCGAAGAAAUUGCCUUCUCGGAUAUCUGAUGUUAUAUUUUAUCUGGUAAUUUUACGAUUCGAUGCAUCCCUACUUAUAUUACAUAGACGAUUUUUCAUAAUGUAUGUAUAAUAUUAUGCAGACAAAUUAUGAUUUCUAACUUUUUUAUUACUACAAAAAGACUUUCUUUAUCAUGUGACGACAUGCAGAUAAUGUGGAAUGAGGGUUGAGAAUAUGAGAUAGAUUCCAUAUUAGCAACUUAUAUCAGGGAAGUUAAGUUAUAGGAUUCCAUAUCAGCUUAUUUGCUAGUUUAUCCAAUCAUGCUAUUAGAUUUUCUGUUAUUGUACAAUAAAAAAUGUGAACUAUCUUUAACUACUUUUCUUGAUCAAUUUACAUAAAUAAACAAAUUUAGACUUCAUUUAUUUGUUACUAUUACCUAAAUUCCACCGAUACUCCAUAUUAUAUCUCAUUUUUUAAACCUCUCAUUUUCACACUUUAUUUUUUUGUUAAUAUUGACGUUGGACUUAAAUUUUGGUGAUUUUCAUUUAUUGGAUAUUGUAGCUAAUAUAUUCCUCAAGAAUGCUGUGUAAAUUUAAUGUUUUCAUAUGCAUUUAUAUCGGAACAAUGUUAAAGGGAGGUUCUACUUUGAAGGGCAAAAAAAUCGAUUUUUUUACAUUAUUGGCAUCUCUGAAGUGUGUAGAAUAUGCCUGUAAAGGGAUUUUUUAAUAUUCAAAAUGUUAAAGCAAUUUAAAUAAUGUUAAAGCAUUUUUUUGACUUGUUAAAUCGGAUUUUGCAUCGAUCAAAAAUCAAGUGAGCUUAAUGAUAUUACGCGCAAAAACAAGCAAGAAUCGAAAGAAGAAAAGCUCAAAUGCAGCAAAAUUUGUUCUCUAAACAGAGGAGAAAUUGACUAUAGGCCAGGAAUUGCUUAUUAUAUAUAAGUUGCAAAAUAUUGUAGUUAAUUAAAAUCAUUAUCAUCAAAUAAAAUUUUAUUUUUUCGCAUUUUUCUCGCAUUCAAAUUGGUAAUGUACAGCUUCAACCCUCCGACUGAUUUGAUAUUUUUUCUCACGUAAACUAGACAAUUUUUAUGAACCUGGAAAUGUCAUAAAUUUUCCAAAAUAACUAUUUCUUUGAACAGGUUAAAAAUGAAAAAAAAUUCGUGAUAAUUGACACUUAAUUUCAAAUGGCUGCCAUUCUAUAAAUUUUUAAAUUUUUCAAAUGAAAUAAGUUUCAUGGCCCUACAAAUUUAAUAUAUUUUAAUAAUUUUAUUGAUUUUUUUGUCUCAGAUAAACUGUCAAUAGCCAGGAUUUGCCAUCAAUUGGCCAUGUACGCGCUGCACGUUCUGAUGCAUCUCUAUGCUACAGCCGCUAUUUUUUAUAUCUCUGAAAAAAAAUUAUUAUUUGUACGCUGAAAUAUGUAAAACAUAAUGCCAAAACAUUAUUUUGAUAUCUCGUUUCUUUCCUUACGAAAAAAUAUAUACAUUUUGGACCUCUAGAGUAGAGCCUCCUCUUAAUUUAAAAAAACACUAUUCCAUAUUCUCUGCUUUUAAUCCUACAACUUUUUUCAUAAAAUUAUCAAAGUACGGAAAUUAUAUAAUCAUUGUAGCAUUGCUAUUUUAAAGUGCUGUUAAUUUACACCAUUAGUUAUUUUAAAAUAAAAUUUUGAAAAUAAAUUUUCAGUUAAGCACUAGUAAGUGUAUCAGUUAUGUCAAUAUUUAAAAGCGAGUCAAUGUAUAAGAACAUCUUUGCAAUCGCGUACACGAUGUGUCUGAGCGUGAAAAUUUGAGAUGCUACAAUCGACGAAUUUUAUUCUUUUAUAAUUUGAAAGGUAUUACAGCUAUAUUUUCGUAUAAGACUUUUGUCUUAGAAUGUUCCACGGAAUCUGCCAGUAAAAGGAUUCGCACUCUUUUUGAA